GUCUCUCCGCGGCGCCCGAGGGGUGCCGCUGUGUUCCACCAGACACCAGAAGUGCCCGCCAUGACGCUGGGGGGCGACUCGGCCGCGGCGGCCGCGCCGCCAGGGCUGGACGCCGCCACAGCAGGCGAGCCGCCGCCGCCCGCCCCAGAGAGCUCCGCCGCCGACACGAACCAAGGCAGCUGGUGGCUCGCGGCGGCGUGGGGACUCCUCGCCCUGGCAGGCGGAGGAGGAGCCCUGGCCGCCCAGCUGGGCUCGACAGGACGGGCCCGCCUGGCGGGCCUCACCGUCUGCGGGCUGGUGGGCCUCCUCGCCACAGCGAGGGUCGUGCGCCAGGCGUGGUGGCUCUACUGCGACCAGGAGGCGACGAAGACGCAGAUGGCCGCCCUCACGGCCCAGAUGCAGCAGCUGGCCCUGUCGGGAGCAAUGGGCAUGCCAGGGGGAGGCUUCCCUGGCGGCGGUCCGCCCGACGAGGUCAUGCACGGGUGGGCCGACGUGGGGGCGCCGCCGCCGGGGAUCCCGCAGGUGCCGGGCGUGACGAUGGCGGGGCCAGCAACAGGACCCAUCGGCCCUCCAGCGGGUCAGGGCAGCCAUGCGCCUGCGGGCGCCUCGAGCCUGGACGCGCUGGGCGCGUGGGCUGGCUUGGCUGCCCCAGCCGCCACGGGUGCUGGAGCCGCAGCUGCGGCUGGCGGCUCGCCACACGUUCCUCAGUACAGGCCGCCCGAGCUGGACAGCAAGGUCCGCCAGCAGGCCAAGCAGGUGAAGGAGCUCCUGACGGCGCUCGCGAACGCAAGGGGCCAGGACUACAUGUGGGGUCGACGCCCCUGGUCCAACAUCUACACGAUGGAUUCGAGCGGGCAGCUGGUGCCCGAGGUGAAGCGUCUCCUGACGGGUUUCGGCUACGUGGGCGAGCAGACGGUGACGGCCCCCCGCCAUGAGGAGCUCGGGGCCGCGCUGGGCCGCCUCGCGUCGGAGGCCGCGCUGACCGCUGGCGCAGGCAUCUGGCAGUCCACCCCCAGCCAGGGCUUGGCCGCUGCGGCAGCGCAGUGGGUGCCCAGAGUGCGUGACGAUUUGCACCCCUCGCUGCAGCAGGUGAUCUCGGCCCAGCCGGGACAAGAGGCGUUCUUCCCCAUCACGCUGGUGGAUCGCCCAACGCAGAUGACGAGCCGAUCUAGUCGAUUUCGACAUCGAUUCAAGCGAAAGCUCGCCCUGUGGGCUCUCGCCAACGAGUUCGUGCAAGGGAUCAACUCCAUGGACACGGGCUCGUGCACGGACUUCGCCCGCCCCCGCCGUAAGGAGAGCUUGUCGGAGAACAUGCGGGGGCUGCGCGGCCAGGUGCACAGGGUAGCUCUACGAGAAGCUAAACGGCUGGCAGAGGCGCGCCGGGACUGCGGUCUGACAGGCGUCCCCGCGGUGCUGGAGCUAGCUCGCGCGGAGGAGGUGGGCUAUGGUCGGCCUACUCGCCUGUCGACCCAUGAGGCCCUGAGAGCGGAGGACAUUGAUGAGCCGCAAGUAGUGAAGAGUGUGAACAUGCUCGAGGCGCUCGAGCCGGAGGAGGCCAGGUACUACAGCGACGAGGGUCUCGUGGCGGCCCCGACGGAGUUGCGCAGCCGCGUGAUCUUCGAGGAGCUGCAGGCCAAGUUCGGUUUCGGUGGAGGUACUCAGGAGGAGUACGAGAAGUAUUUCAGCCGCCAGGACAUGCCGCCCAACCUGUGGCAUUUCGGCGGCCCGCAGGAGGCGGGGGCCAUCGCGGGCUUCAGCGCGGUGGGCAAGAAGACCAGUGGGCGGCAACGCAAGAUCAUCCUGAUGGUGGCGGCUAACUAUAUGUUUCAGGACGUGAGGGGUCGAGCCGAACACGGACUACACGGAGGAGCUGCGUUGGCCAGCCUGCACGUCCCGUCGGACGACUGGGCGGCCGCGGCGUUCGACGAGAGCAACGCCUUCUCUUUCGUCGAGGUUCCGAGCUGGAUGUGGGGCUGGCUGUGCGUGCCGCCCGUGAGGGCGUCCGCCAUCUGGUGGCGUCUGUCGCCCAGCCAGCGAGACUUUUUGAAUCCUGAGAGUUGGGUCUAUCCGACGUGGCGCCGUUUAGUCAUGGGCAGCUCCCGCAGCGUGCACAUCCUGAUGUCCAUCAAUUCGAGGAUAUGCUCCAUGACGCUGAGGCGCAGCUUGGUGGACUCGCAGCAGGAUCACACUCUGGCGUGGCAGGCCGGAUACCAGAUGCAGAAGGAUGACGACUGGGCCGAGCGCCAACGACUUCGACGAGAUGGCCCCCCCCCCCCGAGCGGGUUUUCCGUGGCGAGCUGGUGCGAGGCAGUACGCCACGCACGGCGUCAGGAGACCCGUGUCUUCGUGGUCAUGCACCUGUUCGCGGGGGCCCGGAGGGAGCAGGACGUGCAGCACUACGUCGAGGCGAUGAUGACCGACCUGGAGCUGAAGGUGCUCAUGAUCUCGGUGGACCUGGCCGAGGACUCGCGGUGGGACCUCGGGCGCGUCGACACCUUCGAGCUGCUCUGGUCCCUGGUGUCCGAGGGCCUGGUGGACGUGAUCCUGGGCGAUCCCGGGGAGGACCCGUACCCGUCCAUCUUCGACACCGAGAUCUUGAAAGGUUUGGAGUCCAGGACGGGAGCGCGGCACAUCAUCUUUGACCAAUGCAUGAUGGGCGGGCCCUCGCAGAAGCCCACGAGGGUCACAGGCGCGGUGCGACUGGCGGCCACCGAAGCACUACGGUGCGACGGCGCCCACGCACACGAGCUGAGCUACGGUGAGGUUAACGGUAACUUUCGGGCGACCAAGCUGGCCACCUACCCACCUCGACUGUGCAGGUGGAUAGCAGAGGGCAUUGUGGCCACGCUGUCGGAGAUGGCGCAGACCGGCGGCGGGCCAACAGGACACGUACGAGACGGAGUGAAGUGUCAAAGGAUAACGUGCUACUCGGGGCCCUUGGACCUCGGCGCCUAUCAUUCCCUGAACGAGACGUCCUCGCGAGGUCGCGGGGCAGUGCUGGGCGCGAGGGACACGAGCUUCUACCUCCAUAUCGACGACGGCCUGAUCGCAGCGGACGGCGGGCCCCAGCAGUCAGGCGAGAAGAAGGUCAACAAGCUGGUCCACCAGGUGGCGGACGCGCUGGAGGACGUGGGCUUUGUUGUGAAGGACCGGAGGGAGCACGGCAUGGUGGAUCGCAUCGUGGGCUACGAGGUGGAGUCCAGCCCCGCACGAGCGCGGGUCCCGAAGCGCAAGGCGGCGCUCAUGUACGAGGCGCUGCUGCUGCUCACGAGCCGGGACUGGGUGCACCUGGACCACCUGGCGUCGGUCAUUGGGGUCUGGAUCUGGGCGGCGCUGCUGGCCAGGCACUGGCUGUCGGCGCCUCAGCACCUGUUCCAGUUCGCACGCCAGGGGGGCCCGCGCUGGAGACGGUGGUGGCCGUCGGCCCAUCGUGAGGCCGUGGCCAUGCGACGAGGCAUCAUGGGGCUCUACGCUGACCUGGGGGCCCCGCUGCUGCCGAUGGUCUUCGCCUCGGACGCCGAGGGCGCGCGGGACUUCGACGCGGGCGGCUACGGCGUCGUCGUGGCCGCGGCGAACUCGAAGAUCGUAGAGGAGCUGUGGAACGCUGGUGCCCGCCCUGGCGUGGCCGUCGCCAAGCCAGGGCAGCUGCAGAAGGUGCUGGAGCGCGGCCCUGAGACGCUACAGCUGUUCCUGCCAGUGAGCUCAGUUGAGAGAGGUUGGAUCGACGGAGAGGCCUCCUGGAUCCCGGUCGAGUCUGGACGCUGGAAGGUGCCUGACCACAUCGUGCUGGGAGAGGGGCGGGCCGCACUGAAGGUCCUGUCGCGUCUGGCGCCGCUGCCAGAAGCUCACCGCUCGAAGGUCCUCAGUGAGUCCUCAGCCUCGAGGCGGAGGUGCGCGUUGUCGAGCGCCACGGAGAUCAGGAUGCACCUCCCCUGGGUGGAGACCGAGAGCCCUGACGAGUGGGGCGACACGAUCCUGGAGUACAAGGCCUCAGUGGACUUGCUCAAGAGUCAUUUCACCUCCCUGCUCGCCGCUAUCGAAUUCAAGUUUCCGCGGCUGAAGGGCCGCCUUUGCAGAUGCCACGCCGCCCUGCGUGGCUGGGAGUUAGAGCACCAGACCAAGCACACAGUGCCGAUGGUGAGCACCGCCCAGGCUUUCGUCAGCGUGCGGCUCAGCGCGCUCGGAGAGCCUCGCCUGGCCAUCGGCCUCAUGUUGCAGGGAAAAGUGGGGAUGCGGCCCAGCGAGAUGCUGGGGAUCGUCACGUCCGAUCUCGUCUUCCCUGAGGAGUCUGGGCACGGUCGAGGUCGAGGGCCCCUGAUAGUAGGCUUGGGUAUCAAGGCGAACACCAAAGCGAAGCGCCCGCAGUCGAACGCCACCCUGGAGGCCUCCAGCCCUGCAUUGGUGGAUCUCCUGAGGGCCCUGAAGGCCCACGCGCCCCCAGGGGGCCGUAUGUUUCCCUACGCCCUCGAGAAGUACCACAAGUUGCUCGCUCGCAUCCACUCGGAGUGCAACCUACCAAUGGGAUGGACCCCCCACAGUGCCCGAGCGGGUUUCGCUCCAGAGGCCACAGCGUGGGGUAUGUCCUUCGAGCAGAUUCGAGAAACAGGCCGCUGGAAGGUGGACAGUUCCCUUCGAGUAUAUAUCGACAUGGUCCAGGCCGCCCACAUAGCCGUGGGGCUCAAGGCGGCUGGGUGGGGUCCAGCUUUCGAUUGGGCCGGCCAACGCUGGGCCUGCAUCGCCUCGGACGUGGCCGAGGAGGUCGGAGGCGCGGCAGGCCGGAUGAUGGGCGCAGGUGCGAACGCGUCGUCGAGUGCGGCACGGAUCUUCAGCGUCCUCACCGACAACACACUCAGCCUCGCCGAGACCGCUUGGGAAGGCAUCGACCUCACAAAUGUUACGGUCAACAGUUCCGCCGGCCGCAUCUUUUUCGAUGGAAACGAGUACGCCGAGGACGUACUGACUACGCCAGAGGCUCGAGCGGUGAUGGGACUGCCCGACCACUGGCUCCAGGCGUUGGCGGAUAUUUUGAUGUUUGCAUCACCGUCUCGCCCGCUGGUGGAAGUGCACAAGCACCUCUUCAUCAGCGACUCAUCCUAUACCUCCCUGGACCUCUGGAUGGCCUGGUUCGAUACGGGACACGUGGGCUUGGCCUGGAGGACUGCAGGUGUUACCUACAACGCACGCUGGGCCAAUCCCCUGUGGUCGCUGACCGAGGACGCUACCACUCAGACGGUUCGGAUCUCAGUGCUGCUGCAAGAAGCUACCCAGGCGACUAUCGACAAGCCAGACCUCGCUCUAUCCAAGUCAGCCCUACAGCACGCUCCAGCCAUCACACCACCCUCAGUGCCGAUGAGGAUCUGGAGGUGGAGCAAGCGCCUAGCCGCCUGGGCUUGGCCGCGGGAUGGGAACGGGGCCUUUCGCUUGUCAUCGGCGCCAGGCGCCGAGGACGAGCCCUCCGCCGCCGACGGGACCGCCGCCGACGAGGGCUCCCCGGACACAAAGACGGGCGAGGGCGACAGUCACAGCGUGCCCGAGCCCUCAGGCGGUUCUGGGGGCGCCGAGCUCCCGGGCGGCGGGCGACCGGGGCAGGUCACCCUGGACCGCAGGAGUGAGGCGUCGAGUGGCCUGAGAUACGGCGCGGAUGGCCUGGACAGGAGGGCCGAGAAA